UCACAAUUCAGUCUAUGAGAGACCGUCGUGCAGUGAAGACGUAUCGUUUCGGUAUCGCGUAAAUCGUAUUUUUUCUUCAGUGUUGUGCAUUAGAACGCGCGCGGAAGGGUGAAAUAGCAUUAAAAAACCGCUUGCAUUAGUUCCCUCUCUGUCUGGUGCGUGUUCCUCUUUCGUUUCGUCGGUCGCCGUCGUCGUCGUCGGUGGCGACGGAUGGGUGGUUGGUGGUGAGUGAAGUGAAGACGGCGACGACGAGAAAAACAUCGCUCGCCAUCCAAAGGGGGAGGUGAAAACUUGGAUCAUCCGCCAACAUUGGCGAGCAUCGGUGCCUAGUGUUGUGGGAAUGAGUGAUUGCCAAGAGGGGUGUUUUCUGGGGGCAGCGGGAAGAAAAAGAAGAAGUUUGCUAAGCUUGUGGAGCCUCAUCAGUGCCGGAUCGGGUGCGCUCCAGUUGAACUCCAACCGCAAUUGAUGUUACUGUAGUGAGAGCAGAGAACUUGCGUCACCUGAUUGUUCAGCAAUUAAACGAAUGAGAAUAACAGCAAAAAAAGUGCACGCACAUGUCGCUCAUUGUAUAUUGGAUGCCGUCUGAGUGCACCAUCUAAGCAGUCCAUCAGCAUAAAGUUAGAUUUCACAGAAGGUGGGUGGGUGUGCUGUAAACUUUUGACAGUGCGGUUCCAUAUUCUAGUGUGUGUUGGUGUUUGUUUCUUCCGUAUGGCUUUUGCUUUUGGAUCUUACUAGAGUGUGUGUUUCUCUCUUUGAAUCUGUUUCAGUCGUGAUUGUAUGGUUAUUAAUUAAAAUAUAGUUAAACAAUCGCGCCAGGUAAAAAAAUGUAACAUACGGAACUUUCCAUUAAUAUGUAUUCUCUAUGAAGUAAAGGGAAAAGAAAGCAAGUGAAGUGAAAAACGGAUACGUCGAUUAAUUGCACGAAAAAAGAAGAAACCGUAUCAAAAGUUGCAAUUUGAGCCGACGUACAAGAAGCAGAUAAGUGAAUAAAGAUCGCAAUUUACCUAUACAAGAAGUUAAGUGAUCCUUUGAUUGCUUCCCCGCAAGAGGGUGUAAAUGCAGUGAUAACAUAGGAAUACUUUUAUGGAUUACCAGUAGAUUGCUGUUUUAAUUGGAUUUGGCCAAGGAUAUCGAUAAACACGCGACGAUGGAUAUUAAGGUCGUCGGUGGAGCAUGUGCUUAUCGUGGAUCCUACACAUUCUACAAGGGCGUUAAAAUCACAUUUCCCAGCAGGGACUCUGCUGCGUCGGCAGCAGCUGCAUCCACGACAGCAACGACAUCGGGUGCGACAGGCGUGUCCUGUCCAUCGACAUCCUCGUUAUCAUCAACCGCGUCGCCAUCGACGUCGCAACCGACAUCGACAUCGACGGCAAACCCGUUGUCCACGGCGACGGGCACCGUGCCCUCGGUGACCGUACCUUCCGGUCAGAGUCAGAAAACCGCCAGUCAAAGUAGCAGUGGCAAUAGUUCCGACAGCAGCAGUAGCAACAGCAGCAACAACAACAACAGCAAAACGCAAACCAACGCAAACGCGAAGCCAAAACAGACGCAACGAAAAUGUGUCAGUGAAAAUAACAGCACCGCGGCCGGUGUGAAUAAUUUAUGUAAUGCCACGGCAGCGGAAAAAGAGUAAGUAUCGCGGGCCCAU